AUGAGAACAUCAAAAUUAAAACGUACGAUUUAUUACGAUAAAUCGCCACGUUUUCAUAUUAUUUCUUUAUAUGUACUUAUUAUUACUUUGAUAAUACUAUUUGGAAUUUGUUUUAUUUAUAUUUUUCGUACUAUUCGAAUUCAUAUUGAUGAAUUAAAAUUUAUUAAACAACAAUUAAAUGAAUUAGAAUCCAAACAAAUAACAAUAAUAACAUCAUCUAAAAAUAGAUUUGAUUCAUUACAACGACGAUUAAGACAUGCACAUAUUAAAUCGAAUUUAUUAGAUAAAGACGAAUUAGAUUUAUUUUCAGGUUCAAUUCAUUUUAAAAUGCCGGCGAUAGCAAUGGCAACAUUUUGUUCCAAAUCAGUAGAUCAUUGCAAAAAAUUAGUUACGGAAAAUGAAGAACUACGAGGUCCAAAAGGUGAUCGAGGUGAACGUGGUUAUCCGGGAAUACCUGGUAUUUCUGGUCAAAUGGGACCACAAGGACCACCUGGUAUUAUGGGUCCUCCUGGAGUAAUUGGCCCUCAAGGACCUAAAGGCGAUCCCGGUAUACCAAUUCGAGGUCCUCCAGGUCCAAUAGGACCUCCUGGUUAUCCAGGUCCACGUGGUGAAAUGGGUCUUCCAGGUCCAUCUGGAGUUUGUACCUGUCCAUCACAAUCAUCAACUUCAAUAUCAAUGCCAUCAAAAUUCUAUCGAAAACAAAAUUCAUCUAGACAUCAUGGCAGUCUUCGUCGUGCACAACGAUGUAUAUUUUCAUUUAUUGGUACACCUGUUCUUGUUAAAAAAGAGAAUUAUACAUUUGGUGCUUGGUUUAAAGAUCCAAUGCCUAAAACUGCUAAUGGUGCACAAAAAAUUUAUGUUACACAUCAUGUUACUGGUACAUUAUUACAUGAAUAUAAUAAUGAAGAUGAUUUAAUUAAUAAUAGACCAAAUCGUAUAAUAACAUUACCAUAUCCAUAUUCAGGUGUUAAUCAUGUUGUUUAUCAAGGAAGUUUUAUAUAUAAUAUUGAAAAUAAAAAUAUUAUCGUACGUAUUGAUCUUAUAUCAGAAACUGAAAUUCAAAGUGUUGAAUUUCCUGUUAACCGUGAACCACUUUAUAAUACACCACAAUCAAGUUGGUUUGAUUUUUCCAUAGAUGAAAAUGGUUUAUGGUUAUUAUAUCGUGAAAAAAAUACCAAACAUUUUAUUGCAACUAAAGUAAAUCCUGAAACAUUAGAUAUUCAAAAAACAUGGAUAUUACCAUAUAAUCCAUCAAGUUUAAGUCAAGCUUUUAUUGCAUAUGGAAUAUUUUAUGGUAUACAAUAUUAUAAUAAACAACAAUCUUAUAUUGAUAUUGUUUAUGAUAUUUAUUCAAAUAUAGCAUUUACAACAAAAAGAAUUUAUUUUACUAUACCAUUUCAAUAUUUAGUACAAUUUACUUAUAAUCCAUAUGAAAGUAAAAUAUUUGCAUGGGAUAAUAAACAUUUAAUUUAUUAUGUUUAUAAUAUUCAACGUGAUAAAACAUCUAAAUGUUACAGAUAA